CGUACCUUGUGGAGCUUCUCUUUUCCACAAAUUUCGAAUUUUGAGCCGUAUUCCUACAAUCACAGCCACAGGGUUUGCAGAAGUGCAAAAAUAGAUCGGACCAAACCGCAAUUGGAACCACGUCGCGCUCACUGACGAUGCUUCAGCAUAAUAUAAGACGUUGGCCUGCCGGACGAGAUAGGUUUUCUGGCUCGAACCAUAAGCAGAUAUCAUAAUCAUAAUCACCAUGCGGACGACUUCAUCCAUCCUCACACUCUCCCUCCUCGCGGGCAGCUAUGCCGUCCCUCACGUCCAGCUCCAAAACCGACUGCCGGGCAUCGAAUGGGCCGAUUGUCCCCCAGAACUCAACGCCUUCGACCCCCACGGUCGCACGUUCGGAUGCGGAACUUUAGAAGUUCCUUUGGACUAUACCGGCGAAAUCCCUGGUACUCUGAACCUUGACGUAAUCAAGAUUCCGGCAUUGAAGCAACCCAAGAAGGGGAGCAUCUUGUUCAACUGGGGAGGUCCCGGCGGGGAUGGACUCGUGAAUAUGGCCAGCGCAUCACCAAUUGUUCAGCCUAUCACUGGCGGUGAACACGACCUUAUCAGCUGGGAUCCCCGAGGCACCGGUAAAACACUUGCCUACAACUGCUAUCCCAACGCCACCGACAGAGCUGCAACACUCGCUUGGCACCAUGCACAGCUCGCUAAUGCAAGCGAGGCUGCUCUUGGACGAACUUGGGCUGAGGGUCAGAUUCUGGCGGACGACUGUGGCGAGACGUUGAAGGAUGUUGGCAACCUUGUUGGCACUGCUUUUACCGUCCGAGAUAUGUUCCAGAUCGUCGACGCUCUUGGCGAGGACGGGAAAUUGCGAUUCUGGGGGUUUUCAUAUGGUACUUUGCUUGGAGCAACGGCUCUGGCCAUGUUCCCGGAUCGGAUAGACAGAGCUAUCCUGGACGCCGUCCAGAAUCCCAUGGAAUAUUAUCACACAUUUGGCGACCCCGAAAUGUACACGGACACCGACGAAACAUGGCAAGAGUUCCUCAAGGCUUGCAUUGAAAACCCGAACGCCUGCGCAUUGGCCAAGCACGCAUCGAGCGCGGGAGAGCUGGGAGAGAAGAUUGACCGGCUCAUCGAGGACCUCAAAGAAGAGCCCAUUCCCGCCGGACAGUCCAUCGUCGGCUACACAGAGAUCAAGAGCCUCAUGAACAGCAAGCUCUACUUUCCUACUCACUACCGCGAUCUUGCCGAGCAGCUCGAAUUGAUACUCACCCGAAACACCACGGCACCCGCAGUUCUUGGCGACGUAGAAGACCCGGAAGCUGCUGCCGCGUCCAGUCCUGAAGCUUUGUUUGGGAUCCGGUGCUCAGACAAGUUUCUGCGAACCGAUGACCUCGAUCUAGUCCGCGCGGAACUCGAAGGCCAGCUCUAUAAAGUAAGCGCUAUGUUUGGCGACGCUCCCACCAACAUCAUCACCGCCUGCCCGCAAUGGAAUUUCGCAGCCAAGGAGCGAUAUAGCGGUGAUUUCCGCGUCAAAACUAGCUCUCCUGCCUUGAUCAUCGGGAACACGUGGGAUCCGGUGACGCCAUGGAAGUCGGCUCAGACCGUUUCCGAGUUAUUUGAGGGAUCGGCCCUUUUGAAGCAUAACGGCCACGGUCACAUGACGAUUGCGCAACCAUCCGCAUGCACGUCCAAGCACAUUGCCGACUACUUCCUCGCUGGAACACUGCCACAGCCAGGAACAGUUUGUGAGCCGGACACUCCGUUGUUCCACGAGAGACCGACAGCUUCGUAAAGGGUGUGGGUUGGAAUAGAUUUGUCUCUAUUUGCAUGUCCUAGAUCGAACAGCACAUUUCUAUUUCCUUCAAUUGUAUCAAUAGUAUUUCCCAUCUUGUUAGCUCCUAGAUGUUAAUACAUAAUACCAUCUAUAACUAUCUG